AUGGAUGCGGAGCGCGCCAAAGUAGCCGAGCUCGAAGCGAACCAUCGUGCUCUAUCACUCGAGCUCGCCAACGCCAAGUCACUUGAGCUUGAUAAACGGAGAGAGUUGGUGAGCGCAAGCGAUGAAAUCGAGAAGUUGCGCAUGAAGCAUGCUAAGGAGAUCAUGGAGCUCGAGAUGGAAGCAAAAAGUAAAGCUCGAGAGGCAAGAGAGCUUGCAGAUGAGUUGAGGCUGGCGAAGAGUGAUUUGGAGAGGGAGAGAGAUAACGUGUCAAACCUCAAGGCAACACUAUCACAUCAGUCUACCUCACAUAUUGCUCUCAAUGCGCAAAUCAAUGCUCUCCAGGCACAAAAGGCUGCUACGCAGAUGCAGCUCGAUGCUUUAAUGACCACCUCCUCAGACAAGACGCUCGAUCUCGAAACCGCGCAUCGACGAAUAUUGGACCUCGAGCAAGACGCCAGGGAAAGCGAGAUGGUACGCCGGAAGCUGCACAAUAUGGUUCAGGAGCUCAAGGGCAACAUUCGGGUGUUCUGUCGAGUUCGCCCUGAAAAGGGACGGGAAGCUGAUAUAACAUUUCCUGACAAAAGGGAUCACAAGGAGAUUGUCGUUUCCUCUUCGAGCUCCAGCGCCAUGGGCUCUGAGCGCAAAGAAAUCUACAACUUUGGUUUUGACCGGGUAUUCGAACCUGAAUCGACCCAGAUCGAAGUUUUUGAAGAGAUUUCAUUCCUCGCUCAGAGCUGUGUGGACGGUUAUAAUGUCUGCAUAUUUGCUUAUGGCCAAACAGGUUCUGGCAAGUCUUUCACUAUGGAAGGCGGAUCGACCGAGGCCACGACAGGUAUGAUACCUCGCGCAGUGGAUCAGGUAUUCAAAGCUGCCGAUGACCUGAAGUCCAAAGGAUGGGAGUACAAGAUGGACGGCCAGUUCCUCGAGAUUUACAACGAAACAAUCAACGACCUCCUCGGCAAGGGUGAGUUCGACAAGAAGAAGCAUGAGAUCAAGCACGACAAGUCGGGUACUCGUGUCACUGAUGUGAACGUGAUGCCUUUGCAAUCUCCAGCGUCUGUUACCUCCCUCCUCCGUGUCGCUAACUCCCGGCGCACCGUGGCAGCUACCCUGAUGAACGAGCGUUCAUCGCGUUCGCACUCUGUCUUCACACUCCGGAUCUCUGGUACAAACACCCACACCGGUGAGAGCUGUGAAGGCAGCCUCAAUCUCGUGGAUCUGGCUGGUAGCGAGCGCCUCAACUCGAGUGGGGCUGCAGGGGACAGAGACCGACUGAAAGAGACGCAAAACAUUAACAAGAGCUUGAGUGCGCUCGGGGAUGUCAUCGCUGCACUAGGCGAAAAAGCAGAAAAAGGAGAGAAGCACAUUCCAUAUAGGAAUUCAAAGCUGACGUAUUUGUUGCAAAACUCGUUGAGCGGAAAUUCCAAGACCCUGAUGAUCUUGAACCUCUCGCCGCUGGCGGCACAUCUGAAUGAGUCUCUCUGCUCCUUGCGAUUCGCGACGAAGGUAAAUAAUACCAUGAUUGGAACUGCCAAGAAACAGAUCCGAGGAUCAAGUUAG